AGGGGUGUAACCCCACCUGGCCUCCUUGGUGCUGGCCCAACUUGUCUGGUCGUAACAUCAGGUCUCCCCUCCUUUGGCCAAGUCCCUUUGGCCUUUAAGUACCGAGUUAACAAAUCUCGCGGUCGUUCUUCCACCGCUCGUCGUGACGACUUGCUUUCUGUGCUUCUCUCUUCAGCGGUCGAAAUGCCUUCUUGUUCUGCUUGCGAGUCGCAAGGGAUCGCGAAAUGCGCUGUGUCGCCUCGCGAUUCCUCUCGUUGUGUCGAGUGCGUCCGCCUAGGUCGCUCGCGAUGUGAUGUGAUGGGUAUCUCGCGGGAGCAGCUUCACCGUCUGGCCGCCCAACAUUCCAAGUUGGAUGCCGACGUCGAGGCUCAAGAAUUGCGGUUGUUGGAGCGGGAGCAAGAAUUGGCGGCUGAGCGUCAGAAGCUCCUACGUCUCAGAAGUCAAAAGAAAAUGUGGUUUGAGAAGAUAAUGCGGGCGGUUCGUCGUGGUAUUAACAAUCUGGAGGAAUUGGAUCGGGUGGAGCGUGAGGAGGCAGAGCAGGAGGAGCGACGGCGAUCAGCCGAGGUUCUUCCUGAAGUGUCCCUGGAGUCACUCCUUCCGGAUUCCAAUUUUGUCUGGGAUUCGACCUUCCCGAUGGGUCCUCUGAAUCCUUCGCUGUUGGAUGAGAUGAAUGCUCUUGCGCAACAUUCCGUUGGCUUGUCUGGUGGCAUGGUUUCGAGUCCUGGUCGGUCCUUAACUUCUGGGAAUGGUAGGUGGUGCUUUCUUAGGUCGUCCUCUCUUUCUUGGCUGACUUGCUCGCAGAUCCAACUCCCGAUAAUAUUGGCGGAGUGAUUCCUGGCAAUUCUGGAGGUGGUUGAGGGGUUCCCAAGUGUUUUCUUCGUGUCCAUAAUUUUCCCAUUUAACAAGGUACUCUGUUUUGCCGUGGUUUCGUCUGUGGUCGAGUAUUCGUUCAACGUCGUAGGUUUGUUCUGCGUCGAUCUCGAUUGUUUCUUGUGUGCUGGUGCCGUGUGGUGCCGGCUCCAGUAGUAAUACGUGAAAUGUGGGGUAAAUUUUCAUGGUAUCUGGUAAUAACAGUCUGUAGUUGGUGUCGCUGAUUUUCUUGCUGAUUUUAAAAGGUCCAAGCUUCUUAAAAUCGAG